AAUACCACAUCACAGAUCGGGCUCUCGCUCUUUCAAUCAUUCAUUGCUCUUACAAUGGAGAUCAUCCAAUUUUUCCUGAUUUCAUCGCUUCUCUUCUCAAUCUCUAGGGCUGAAUCUACUGGAUCUGUUAUCUUCAUCGACAGUUAUACUCAUUAUUUCCUUCGCACUCGAUCCUCCAACGAUGUCUCUCAGUCCAAGUCAAUGGUGUUACCUGAAGUUGGCGCGGCUGUGUCAGUAUUGCUUGGUUUUCCACCACCGUUUACGCUUUCAGCUGCUGGUUCAUCUAAGCUGAAUGAGGUUCUCAUUCCCAAUCCAUUUGAUAGACCUCGUGGUGUUUUUAUGCUUGAAGUUAUUGGAGUUGACGAUCCUCUUGUUGUUGAUCCCCAGAAUGGUCUCUUCCACAAAGCCUUGAAGAGUACCGUUGACCUUGGUUCACGUAAAGCGGACAUUGAGCUUCCAGAUGAAGAGGAAGUAUCUAUUAUUUCUUUAGACGAGCCUCUAAGAGAUUACAGUGAAGAAGAGAUCAAUGACUUGGCAUCUUGGUUGGGUGGAUCAUAUGUCCCUGAUGCUACUAAAUCUCGGCAUGGAGUAUUGACAAUUCCCGUGGGAAAUGGUGACAAUGUUAACCUUCAUUUGUCAAAGGAAGUGCACAGGGAAUUUGCAUUUAAACUGUUUGCUCUGUUCCACAGUAUAAUGAAGCAAUUAAAAAAAGUACAGGCUUUGCAGGAGCAUCCUGGAGCUGACGGUUUCAAUAAGCAAGGAAUGAGGCUUCUGUUUGCCACACUUUCCAAGAUUUUUGAUUCAUUGCAGACGGCAUACAAAGGUCAAAUUGUUGGUGUUAUUGUCUUUAACGAGGCAUCUCAGCCAGAACCAAAAACAAUGAUGAAUGUGAUAACUACCUCACGUCCAUCUCCGCGUUGGUUGGAAGAAACAAAAGGUUCAACUAACAUGACCCUUGCUGCACAAGUUUUGGUUAGAAGAACCCUUGCUUGGAUAACUGGAAUUGUUCUUCUCAUUGCAACUCUCUUGGGGCUUUACUUCCUUCUCAAUAUGCCAUUGACGAGGGACACACUUUUGUACUCUAAUGUCAAGAUCGACUAAUCUGAAAUAAGGCGGAGUAUA